CGCAUGAAAGAGUAUCUUUUCUUCGAUGGUAGUGCUAUCUAUAUAUGUAUACAUAUGGCAACUUCUCAUCCUUUCCAAGCUUCUCUGUGUCCAACGCUCCGGGCUCGUAUGAAUACUAGAAUCAUCAUCGCCAUCAGCACCCCGUUUUCUAUCACCGCUUCCAUUUCCAAUUUUAUGCUCAAAAAGCAGCUUUCCUCCUUUGCUCCCCAUUUUCUCUCCCACAACACUCGUUCUACUUCUAGUAGUUCUAUCAAAUCAGCCAAACUACUCUCCCACACAUAUACGACCCUUAAUCCCAAAUUUUCUUCCCCUUCUCGGCCUUUACCAAUCCCAUCUCAUCCUCGUCGCUUACACUCUUUCAGAAUUUUGGCUAUGGCAGAGCAGUCCUCCCAGACAACGUCGACGUCGCAGCAGCAAUCCCACAGACACGCCAAUCGUCUUGCUGCUGAACACAGCCCUUACCUUCUUCAACACGCCCAUAACCCGGUUGAUUGGUAUCCAUGGGGUGAAGAGGCAUUUUCUGAAGCUCGAAAGAGGGACGUGCCCAUCUUCUUAUCAAUCGGGUACAGCACUUGCCACUGGUGUCAUGUGAUGGAGGUUGAAUCCUUUGAGGACGAGGGGGUUGCAGAACUGCUGAAUGAUUGGUUUGUCAGUAUAAAGGUAUACAUGACAUACGUCCAGGCUUUACACGGGGGUGGUGGUUGGCCGCUGUCUGUCUUUCUUUCUCCUGAUCUGAAGCCUUUGAUGGGUGGGACUUACUUCCCUCCUGAAGAUAAAUAUGGAAGACCAGGAUUCAAAACCAUACUAAGAGGGAUUAAGCACCCAGUUCUCUACUCCCCUGCUAAAAAACUUUGCUUUGAGAAUGCCUUGACCACCAUAGAAUCAGGGUAUCAUUCUCUUCCCACUUCCCCAAAAUUCUUCUCCCAUGGACCCACCGCUUCUGGGGAAAUAAGAAACAAUAUUAGUUUUGGUUCUGAUUUAUGUACAAAGGUUAAAGAAGCUUGGGACAAGAAAAAGGACAUGCUUGUCAGCAGUGGAGCAUUUGCAAUGGAACAACUUGCUGAAGCAUUGACAGCCACUGCAGGGUCAAAUAAACUACCAGAUGGGCUUCCUCAGACGGCAUUGAACCUAUGUGCUGAACAGACUUUUUUUAGCUGA